AGGACCAGGGAGGAGGAGGAGCAGGACUAGGCCCAGGCGGCCGUGGCGGUUGUUGGGGCGGUGGUCGUUGGGUCGGUGGUCGCCCCUGUGGCAGGUAGGAAUGGAGAGCCCCCCGGGGGGGUCCCUGAGGCGGUGGUGGUCCCAGGAGCGGCGCCUCCCCCUGCCCCGCGUGUCUGCCCAGCGGAGCCCCGACUCGCCCCCAGAGCUGCUGCCGCCGCCUCCUCCGCGCUGCAUCCAGCCCCCCAGCAUUCCCGACUCCGGCUGGGCCCGCCUCAGGAGCCUCUUCGACCGAGAUGACACGGAGCCGGUGGCGGAGGAGGUGGAGAACGUGCUGAAAGCGGCGGUUUCGGGGGCCAUCAUCGGCUGGGCCUACGGCGGCCUGCCCGCCUUCUAUCAAGCCAAGCAGCGCUACAUCGAGCGGAGCCACGCCGAGAUGUACCACAGCCGCCUGGACGCUGUGCAAUCCGCCCACCGCGUGGCCCUGCGUGGCUUCCUGCGCUACGGCUGGCGUUGGAGCUGGAGGACGGCCGCCUUCGUCACCAUCUUCAACUCGGUGAGCACCGCCUUGACCGUGUAUCGGGACAAGGACGCCCUGAGCCAUUUCGUCGUGGCCGGAGGGGUGACGGGCGGCCUGUUCCGGAUGCAGCUGGGCCUGGCCGGCCUGGUGGGCGGCAGCGUGUUCGGAGCCUUGCUGGGGGCGCUGGCCGGGAGCGGGCUGACGGCCGUGCAGAAGCUGUACGGGGAGACGGCGUGGGAAAGACGGCGGAGAGAGCGGCGGGAACUCUACCAGCUCAAGCUGGAGGAAUGGAGGUCCCGGCUGCAGGCCACCCACACGCUCGCCGAGGAGAUGGAGACCGCCCUGCGGGAGAAGCAGACGGAAGAGGACAUCCGGAAAAUCGAGGCGCUGCUGAGCCUCCCCAGGAACCCGCCCUCGGCGGGGGCGGCGGAAAAAUCCUAGGCCCAUCCCGGGACCCACCGGACUCGG